AUGAUUGCGAAAUUGAUUGAAACAAAUACCAAAGCUGAAGUCAAUGGAGGAUACCACGAUUGGGCAAAGACUGUCGAGCAGUGCCGAGGCCAAGGUGCGAUAGCUAAACGUGCUCUCAUCCUUCGCGCUUAUGAGAAUUACAUAUGGGGCUUGGAUGAUAUUCGCAACGUUCGUGCAUUGAUAGUUGAGUUGACUAUGAAUCCUGAGCCAAAAGAUCGAUAUGAUGUUCAUCUAUUGCUCGAAGUUCAUACGAGAAAUUCAUCUUAUGCAAUGUCGGAAAAGGAACGAACGGCCAUUUUACAAAGAAGCAUUCCAAGAGAAUUUUGGUCAUUGACCACACUUUGGAGUGAGGAAGAAUUGACUUGGUUGUACCCGAAUUUGCCCGGUCAGUUCUUGAAUCACAUGAUACCGACAAACUCGUAUCGAUCUUGCUUCAUGCCUGUGCAAGUCUUCUCCAAGAAUCAUCCCCAAUACGACUUCAUUUGGAACUGGGAGAUGGACACCCGAAGUACGCAAGAAUACUCAGAAACGCUUGAGAGGAUUGGCUCUUACGCCAAGCGAGCUCCAAUCGAUCAGCUACUGGAACAUCAAAGCCGCUGGAAUAUCCCAGCAUCAUCAACAAAUGCUAAUCGAUUUGACAUUAAUGGAGAAGAAGCUGAUUUGAUCACUUUGAAUCCUUUCUUCAAUACAAAUAAUAGCGGGUACUAUUGGGCGUACGAUUUCCAAAAAUUCCCAAAAGACACUUUGCAAAGAUCCUCAAUCGGAAAGAACGUUCGAUUCUCCAAACGAUUAUUGAAAGCAAUGAGUGAUGCAAAUGCAGAAGAAAGAAUGUCCGCUCAUUGUGAGAAUUAUGCUGCAACGAUGCUGGUGCACAAAGCUCGAUCCGAAAUGCAAGAGAAGUGGAAAGGCGUUUAUGUUCCUCAUCCGAUCUAUACCCGUCGUGUUUGGCCAGAAGACAAGCUGUCAAAAGCUGUCAAUCGAGAUGACGUUUAUCGAAAGGUGAACGAAAGAGUUUUGAGAGAGUUCAGCUUUUACUAUGACGGUGCACAUGCGAAAGACAUUUAUGUUGCCUGGAGAAAUAAUAGCAAUGCAUGCAGAGCGCCAAGUCUUUUGCAUCCGAUCAAACGGCAGCCAUGA